AUGGGGGACUCACAGAUUGUCUCCAUCACAGCUUCCCUUGUCAGGGAAUACCUGAGCCGAAAGGUAAGCUUAGAUUUCCAAGGAAGGCUUAAUCUUAGCUUAUAUGUGCUGGUUGGCAUCUCUGUACAUUACAGGGUAGGGCAUUACAUCUGCAACCCCUUUUCCUUCCCUAAGGAUGGCAGGUUUUUGAAUAGGGGGUUCAGAUUAAGAAAUUGCCAAUUUUUUGACCCUUCAGAUAUUUUUUUAAAGUUGCCUACAAAAAAUUAACCCUUUAGAUUUCAUUUUUCAAAAGGUGCCUACAGGAAUUGAAGGGUUCGGGUUCAAGCCAUCUUAAGUAUGGUGCAGACAAUAGAAUGCAGAGUUCUGGUGAACAUGUAUAUCUGCCAUUGUACACUUAAUAUCAGGUCCCAAGCUAGGGAAAACAUUUAGUUUUGUUUUCCUGAGAGUCCUACCCGGUAAUUACCAUGUUUGCUCAUUCUAGAUGGCUGGACUUUGGCCAAGUUCUUGUCUUUUAUAGUAAUAUUAUUUUUGAACCUCAACUUUGUCUUUGUCUAUAAGCACACCAAAAGAACCCUUUGCAUUUGAGUUAACAUUGACAAAGCAGGCUUUGUCUUUGUUAACUCAUGAAAUGUAUAAUAGAAGCAUUUUAAAUUAUGAUGCACACAUUUGUUUAUGCACAAACAGGGGCUUAAGACCACCUUACAGACCUUGGAUAAAGAAAUGCCAAGAACUGAAGAUAGGUACAUGUUACUCCAUAAGAUACAUCUGUACUGAGUGCUUUUAGUAAAAACUUAGAGAGUUUUGGACAAGAAAGGUGCAUGUUUGUGCCAUUUAGGUCAAUUUUCUUUACAAGUACAUCCAAAACAACAGAUACGUUUAUGUUCUCUAAACUUUGUUGUGGGAAUUUAAUUUCUAGGUUUUCUUUUUCGUGAGAAAUGUGAAAAAUUUGUCAAAAUUUUGCUAUUUUAAUUUCUAUAAAAAUGUUGUAGUGUAAUAAAAUUUUGAUGGGCACCAAAUUAUUGCAUUUAUCUGUACUGUGUAUAUUCUACAAAGCAAAUCUAAUAAAACGAAGAGGUUAUGAAAUGUGAAUGAGUAACGUACAGUUAAGUUACUAACUAAUUAUUAAAGUCACAUGGACAUAACAACUCACUGUAAGUGAACCAAAUGAGGUAUGCAAAAAAAGAUAUUCCUUUUAGUGAUAAAAAUGCACUUAACCCACCAAAUAAAGGAACCUAUCUUCUUUUGAUAUAUUCCAUAGCAUUAGCAACCGUCUGCAACUUGCCAAAGAAAUGCACAUUGAAAGACUCAUGAAAAAGAAUAAGGUGGGUAGUAUGCAAUGGUCCCCACUGUUACAGUCAGAAUUCUCAAUAAUAAUUAUUGCAUUCUGCUCAUUAUCUAAUCAGAAAAUAAUAUUACAGUCAACUCUCUCUAAGAUGGACACUUAUGGGACGGGCACUAAGUGUCCGUCUUAUAGAGAGUCAAAUAAAAGGAGUAAAGAAAGGCGGGGACCAACUCUAGGUGUCCCUUUUACAGAAGGUGUCCGUCUUAUGGAGAGUCAAAUAAAGGGAGUAAAGAAAGGCAGGACCAACUCUAGGUGUCCCUUUUACAGAGGUGUCCGUCUUAUAGAGAGUCAAAUAAAGGGAGUAAAGAAAGGCAGGGACCAACUCUAGGUGUCCCUUUUACAGAGGUGUCCAUCUUAUAGAGAGUCAAAUAAAGGGAGUAAAGAAAGGCAGGGACCAACUCUAGGUGUCCAUUUUGUCAAGAGUCAAUUAAAGGGAGUAAAGAAAAGAAGGGACCAACUCUAGGUGUCCAUUUUACAGAAGUGUCCAUCUUAAAGAGGUCUCUGUUAAGCGUUAUCACAGGGUUAUCAGGGCUGUCAUUUAGAGCCAGGGGUGGGGGAUUUUCCCCGGCUACUAUGAAUAUGGCCCUGACUACCUUCAUAGGAAAAUAGAACCAAAGCAAAUCCUUAGCCAUUUGAUUCCCCGUCUACUGGUUGUAUCUACCCAGCAACUUGAAAUCUUAGUCUUUAUGCAAAAGUUCUGCCAAACUCACCCACCCAGUACUCAACCUCUUUAUCCCUACUGGGACAUAAGACAUUGAUCAAGCAUUGACAGUCAAUCCUGUUCUGAGCCAUGGCCUGUGCUUCACCCCACAUUAGACCCAUCUCCUCCAGCUCUUUCAUCAGUAUUCUCUACCAUGUAGUUUUUGGCUCAGCCCCCUUUCCCCCUCCCAGUUGGAGUCCAUCUCAUGGGUAUCCUGCCGCUGGGCAUGCUUAGAACAUAACCAAGCCAUCACAGCCUGUGGUUCUUAAUAGGCUGAUUUAACAACAGAACGGGAGUGUCAGUUGAUGACGGAAAAGUGCACGAAAAGGACCGAAUGCAACUGACAGUGCCCAAUUUCCCACUCUGCCAUUAGUUAAGCCAGUUGUUUCAUUUGUGCAUGCUGUUGUCAACUGACAUUCCCGAUCUGUUGCCAAAUCAGCCUAAUACAUGUAUUUUGAGAGACUGUACCAUACUGUCCGUCUUUUUAUACAGCUUGUCAUAAGUAAUCUUGAAAGUUCUGCAAAAGAGGUCUCAUUGUUUUGAAUGGCAACACCAUUUGUCCGCAGACUGAAUAAUGUUACUGUUUUGUAGAGUGACAAAUAAUCUGGCGAUAACUUGGUGGAUGAGUGAAAAGGUUAAUCAGGAAUGGGUUGCAUCUCAUUGGAAUUGAUUGAAAUCUCCCUGGUAGACUUAUUCAAAUGCACCUGUUUUGAUUGUGUCGUUACUUCUUUGUUUAGCCAAAAGUUCAAAGGUACCUUGGAACAUACAUUCAUUAGGAAUUUUAGUAAGAAAUAGCUGACUAUUACUUCUAGGUGCCCUGAAUUCUUUGCAGAGCUAACUUGCCCGCUCUCUGUACAUGUACCAAGAGAGAAUUAUAUUCACUGCUUGAUUUCCAUGAUUGAAGUUACCAGCCUAACUUUCCUACUUAUUGUUUGGUCAGGAAUUACCGGAACCAUUUCGCACCAUGCUAGAGGUCAUGGUUCAGUUUAUGAAAAAUCGAGACGCUCAAAGUGGCUCAACAUCUGUUGGAACAGAUAAGUCAAGUCAAAAGUCAAAGCAAACAAGGUAUUAAUAAUACUGCUGCAAGAGCUGUUUGUACAGCAAAUGAGUAAUUUAUUGAAAAUGGUUCCUCCCAGAUAUGAUUGGUACUACACAAAUUCAACACAUUUCAGUACCACUUUUGAGGAGUGGGGGCACGAACAGCUCAGGAUGGGGGUACUCCCUAUAAUGGCCUAUAUAGGGAGGCUCUACCCAAAAGGGGUACCUUUUUCAGUCUUUAGGGUUGUAUAUGAAAGGGCAGGGAAUUCACUGGUUGAAGUUAGUAUAUAUAUAUGUCAAAUCAGUCUGUAAAAGGACUUAAAAGGCUAACAGAUGCAUCUUGGGCCUGUUAAAAUGACAAGAAAACUUCCUGGUUUAGUGAUUUAUUCACAAAGACAGUACAUUUACAGUAGUCAAAAGAGAUGCAUGCUUUGACCUUAUCACAAUGUAGGUAUGUGAAAAAGGUUGGGAAAAGGUACCUUUUCUGGCUUGGACCUCAGGGCAGAACCUCCCUGUGCAAUGUACAUGCACAUAACUUCAUUGAAUGCCCUCAUCCCCCUCCCGGGUAUUCAGUCAACUCUUGAAUUUUGUCUGUAGAGGAACUCCUUUCAGUGAGUUCCAUGUACAUGUACUUCAAUGGUAUGGGCACCUUUCAAUGCAAACUGACAUCGAUGUAUGUACAUGUACAUAAAGUUGACUCCCUCCAGUCUUCUCCUCAAUUCUUUUCUAAGAAUAUUGAUGGCCUCUUAGUACUCUCUGGUGUUCGUCUACACUGUACUAGGUAAGACAGAGUCCAUUUGUUAAGUAUUACAAUGUAUGCGUAACAACUAAAGUGCAUUGGUAACUUCAUUUGGUGCAUUUAACUGUCAGGGAAAGAAAAAAAGAAUCCAGUACUAGGACAACUGCACAACCAUCAAAUAAUGAUCUCAUCGAUAACAUGGACAAACUGGGUGAAAAAAAUGACAGAAAAGACUAUGACGAUCUAUUGAAACGCCUGGAAGAACCUUCAAGCAAAGUUCACGGCUCUCCAACAGGCAUAAAGUUCGCUAAUGACUCCAGUAAGAUGCAAGUCAGUACACAGAAAGAUGAUUUGCAUAAAAGAGGAGGUACAGAUGCAAGUGAUGUUGGUGGACUGCUACAUGUACAAUCAGGGAGCGUGGGGCCAACUGUGUCGUUGUCGGAUCAAAUGGCGUUGAAACAGAAAAGUAAACGGAGACUUAAUAGCAGUAUUGGUGGGCCUGUUGUUAGUUCUGGACUUGCUGUUAAAAGAGAUUCAAGAACUCGUCGUAGUACUGGGAGGCUUAGUGGAAGUUUAACAGCAAAAAGCAUUGGAAGCUUGUUUGGAGAUGAUGAGGACAGUAAAGAAUUGAGUAGUGUACAUGUACAUGUAUCUACUCCAAAUCAGGAUCCAUUGGUUAACAAAGUAAGGAGUUUUUUGCAGUGUAUACAUCAUGCAGUGUAUACAUCAGUAUAUACAUCAUUAGCGACCGUUCGUUUUUUAUGAGAUGGGAGGGUGGGGGGGGGGGGUGGGAUUUGAGGGGGGACCAUGAAAAAAUAUAGCUUUAGAGGGGGGUUCAGGAGAAAAAUAUUUGGUGUAAAGUGUUUUUUUGUGGGGGGCGGUCACCUAUAAAACCCUUUAAGUUUUUUUUGGAUACAAGAUCAGGGCUGUUAUUAAGAGCCAGGGGCCGGGAAUUUCCCCCGGCUACUAUGAACGUAGCCGCUGUUUACUUUCAUAUUGAAACAGAAGACAAAUAAAACCAAAAGAAAUCCCUAGCUGUUUGAUUCCCUGCCUACUUGUUUUAUUUAACCAGCAACUUGAAAUCUUAGUGACAACCCUGCUAGAUGGACCCCCCCCCCCACCCCCAAAAAAAUUCUAAUUAAGAGGGGGGUCAUCAUGUACUACAGGAGCUACCCGUCAAAUUCCACCAGCUCCUCUCUCCCUUACAAGAGCGCUUAAGCAAAGGCAUUUCCAAGGAACACACGGCAACCAGUCAAGGCCUUUUUACAUUAUUGGACAGUGGGUUUGCCCAAAUUUUCAGGCAAAUUAAGAAAACUAAGCAAUUCAAGUUUUGUAGCUUUUAGGCAUGUUAAAAGUGUCAAUGCCUCACUUCAGUUAGAUGGCGUCGCUCAAAAACGCCUCUGUUUAAGCUCCCUAUUCUGACGAGAGACAUCCCUGAUUGACCCCUUAAAGUAUUUAUAGUUGGGGGAAUUUUUUAAAGAUCAAAGCAUUUUUCCUUAAUUUGGCUGAUCAUUUCACUGAUUCUCAUUGCCUUUUCUUAUGCUUUUUAAUGAUAUUGUUCGGAGAAAAUAGCCUGCCAGCCGAGCUCUCCAAGGUGCUCUGGCGGCGGGGCGAAAGGUUUAAGGAGUGUUGUCCAUCUUUGAACUUUAAUUUCUUGACUCUAGUUCCUCAAUACUCGCCUGCGUGGUUGAGCUGGCGGGACUUGGCGCGCGUGACCGAGUAAUUCCAUGGAUGUUUCUAUUUUGUUGUUGCCUUGGGUGUAUAAUGUCGCGAUAAGAAAGGGGAUGAGUUGCGCUCAUAUGAGGUGGGUUGACUGGUGCCAAUUCACCACCCUGAUUCUGCCAGUUACGUAUAGGCUAGACUUGCCACAAGUCGACCUCACGAGUUUCUAAAAGAGCGACGAAGUUGUGAGAGGUCUUGGACGGAGGACUUUUUUGAAAGUUUACGUAUAGAUACCCUGCGAACAGAGGUUUCUGUCUUGAAUGGCUUUUAGCGUUUCCGGAGUCGCCGGUUCGCGUGGCUUGUCUGACGUGUGGUUUCUUUCCGCCCCGUGAGACGUAAACAAACUAACUACGCGACAGACAAGCCACGCGAACGACUUUGUAAAUGUUAAAAGCCAUGCAUGAGAGAGACCUCUGUUCUCAGGGUAGCUAUAGGUUACCUGAAUACUUACUAGAGUAUCGGGUUUUUAACCCAAAGGAAUGUGCCUAAGACGUUUUUAGUAUAAUGUCGACCUCUAGAAAUGAGGUCUCCGUCGUUUGAGUCAAGAAAUGUCUUACAUUUGUACAAUAGUGGCCUUAUUUUCCCUUUUCUGCAGACUGAUGAACUUCACAAUACGCAGGAUGUUCCUGUUGACCGAAAGGGAAGAGAAAAACAUAGACCGUGAGUAUCACUCUAAAAAUUAUCGACUCCUUUUUUUUCUUUUUAAUAAUUCGGGAGACAGAAGUAAUAAUCGCCUGCAUAGAGCAUACUUCGCGUUUAACAUUUUUUGUGCUUAAAACGUUGUGUACUCAAAAAUUAUAUCAGUAAGGAUGAUGUUGCUGUAUGUGGUUUAUUUCUAUUUUUCAUUUUUUCAGGGAAGAUAUUUCAGCUAAACAUCAUAGAAGAAACACAUCUAAUGAAAUCUCAAGGUAGCUAUAAGUUAAAUGAUGUUCUCAGUACUGGCGUUCUAGAAUCAGGUCUCCCUCUGUCUCUUCAAGUCAUCUAGAUUUUCAACUUUUUGUUUUUUUCUGCUUAGAAACCAGCCUGUCACCAGUACAUUGAGGAAUCAGAAGGUAAUACUAUGAUUAUUGAACCGUGGAUGAACAGUCGAACCUCCACUUGGAGGUUACAGCAAUUGCAUCAAAGUCAUUAACCACUUUUUUUUGUUUACUUAAGGCUAAAAGUAGCGAUCUGGUGUUUGAAGAUAUUGACGACGACCUAGAUCAAGAACUUGGUCACUUAACCUUAGGUAUGGUAGAUCUAUACAGUCGAACCUCCAUGUGCGACCAUCUCUCGUAAGCGAUCACCUCCCAUAAACGACCGCCAAUCCAAAACAAUAAAAUUUUCCCAGAGAAAGCCUUACAGCUGGAACCUCCAGUAAACGACCACCUCGGUCCUUCUAUAAGCGACCGCGACUACUUUUUGUGCCUGACUGUCAAUGAUUUUCCAUUGGUUUUAACCUCUUGUAAGCGACCACAGUUGACGCAUUCUCUGAUCUCUAGGUUCGCUGUGUCCACUAUGCUUCUUACAAUAUACAAAGAGCUUUAGUGACAACGUGGAACUACAAAUGUCGUAAUUAUCUUCCAUAAAGUAGAUGUGUCUGGACCUCUUCUCGGAAGAGGCUCCCUGUGGUUCGAUUCUUGUAAACGACCACCUCCGGUAAGCGACCACUCAUUCUUUGCAUUUUGGGUGGUCGCUUACGGGAGGUUCGACUGUACGUGUAAAUAUGAUGGCCUGGAAGCUGUUUAAUCCGACUGUAAAUCGCGUCACCUCAGGGAACCAGCUGGAUAAACCUCGAUUUGUCAAUAGAAGUAGGGUUUAUUGACUCCAAAAUACCCUAGCUAACAUAAUUAUUGAAUGGUGUUCAGCUGCUGGUAACACCAUACGGUCAAAUCCCCCUUUAUGGACACCUUUUUGAUUCGGACGCGUUAUUAUUGCGAAUAGUUUGCUUUGUCUCUGGCCUGGGGAAAUAGAGCCGUUUCCUUUUCUCUUAAAUUCAACCCGCUCUACACGCACACCCCGUUAAAACGGACACUUUCUCGGUAUCCGUGUUAAUCGGGUUUGACUGUAAAGUAUAUUCCCAGGGAAAGAAGUUAUAGCAACACAGAAACAAAUAAAUCGUUAAGAUCUCCCGCCAAGCAAUGGGCCCGUAAACAAAAACAAACAAACAAAAAAAUAGCUCCAUAUGUGGACCUAGCGCUUGCGUUGGGGCGGGGCUUGAACUUGCAACUCCAGGGCUCUAACCAGCCUCUUACCCAGGCCAGUUCGCGCUAUCCGAGUUACCAGAGGACGCUUGAAACCGAGCGCGAUAGCGCGAGGCGUCCUCGGCGAAUUUUCCCGACAAGCUUGACAGGUGACGUCAUAUCCGAAAUCGCCGAGGACGACUGGGGACGAGGCUGGGCUCUGACCUCUUUGCCACGGUUCCUCCAAAUGUAGGACUUACGUCCUUCUGCACUUAGAGUUUAGUUAAUUGAAAGCUACUAUAACAAAAAUAUUUUAAGUUUACUCAUAUUUUAGGUCCAAAGAAAAUUACGCAAGUUGAUAUCCAAAACAAACCUAUCACUUUGGAAACAGCAAUAGUAGGUGCAAUCUUAUGGUCUUGAAAUUUACAUGUAACUAGCGAAAACUUCCAGUGAUUCUUCUGUAUGUUAUUGUAUUCUUUUUCUUCUUGUAAUAUGUUGAACUUUUCAUCGCCUAUGCGUACUAUGCGUAAUGUUUUGUCCCUCCUAAAUUAGCUUAAUAGCUAUUUGCGGGGUAUACAACCAUGUAAAACUUUAUCUUUUGUUGUCGUUUUAACAUUGUUGUUGCUGUGCACAAAAAAGGCCGUUUCAUCCUUUUUGUAAUUACAUUUUGAAGUCAAUCUUAUCAAGACAAGGACUUUGUUAUAAUGCUUUCCCCUUAGCCUAUUACAGUCUACGCCCCCCCCCCCAGUCAUUAUCGUCGCAAGCGACUGCUAAAAGACAAUAAUAAUAACAAUGAUAACAAUAUUAUUUUCAAGUUUUGUAGCUUUUAGGCAUGUUAAAAGUGUCAAUGCCUCACUUCAGUUAGAUGGCGUCGCUCAAAAACGCCUCUGUUUAAGCUCCCUAUUCUGACGAGAGACAUCCCUGAUUGACCCCUUAAAGUAUUUAUAGUUGGGGGAAUUUUUUAAAGAUCAAAGCAUUUUUCCUUAAUUUGGCUGAUCAUUUCACUGAUUCUCAUUGCCUUUUCUUAUGCUUUUUAAUGAUAUUGUUCGGAGAAAAUAGCCUGCCAGCCGAGCUCUCCAAGGUGCUCUGGCGGCGGGGCGAAAGGUUUAAGGAGUGUUGUCCAUCUUUGAACUUUAAUUUCUUGACUCUAGUUCCUCAAUACUCGCCUGCGUGGUUGAGCUGGCGGGACUUGGCGCGCGUGACCGAGUAAUUCCAUGGAUGUUUCUAUUUUGUUGUUGCCUUGGGUGUAUAAUGUCGCGAUAAGAAAGGGGAUGAGUUGCGCUCAUAUGAGGUGGGUUGACUGGUGCCAAUUCACCACCCUGAUUCUGCCAGUUACGUAUAGGCUAGACUUGCCACAAGUCGACCUCACGAGUUUCUAAAAGAGCGACGAAGUUGUGAGAGGUCUUGGACGGAGGACUUUUUUGAAAGUUUACGUAUAGAUACCCUGCGAACAGAGGUUUCUGUCUUGAAUGGCUUUUAGCGUUUCCGGAGUCGCCGGUUCGCGUGGCUUGUCUGACGUGUGGUUUCUUUCCGCCCCGUGAGACGUAAACAAACUAACUACGCGACAGACAAGCCACGCGAACGACUUUGUAAAUGUUAAAAGCCAUGCAUGAGAGAGACCUCUGUUCUCAGGGUAGCUAUAGGUUACCUGAAUACUUACUAGAGUAUCGGGUUUUUAACCCAAAGGAAUGUGCCUAAGACGUUUUUAGUAUAAUGUCGACCUCUGGAAAUGAGGUCUCCGUAUUUGAGUCAAGAAAUGUCUUACAUUUGUACAAUAGUGGCCUUAUUUUCCCUUUUCUGCAGACUGAUGAACUUCACAAUACGCAGGAUGUUCCUGUUGACCGAAAGGGAAGAGAAAAACAUAGACCGUGAGUAUCACUCUAAAAAUUAUCGACUCCUUUUUUUUCUUUUUAAUAAUUCGGGAGACAGAAGUAAUAAUCGCCUGCAUAGAGCAUACUUCGCGUUUAACAUUUUUUGUGCUUAAAACGUUGUGUACUCAAAAAUUAUAUCAGUAAGGAUGAUGUUGCUGUAUGUGGUUUAUUUCUAUUUUUCAUUUUUUCAGGGAAGAUAUUUCAGCUAAACAUCAUAGAAGAAACACAUCUAAUGAAAUCUCAAGGUAGCUAUAAGUUAAAUGAUGUUCUCAGUACUGGCGUUCUAGAAUCAGGUCUCCCUCUGUCUCUUCAAGUCAUCUAGAUUUUCAACUUUUUGUUUUUUUCUGCUUAGAAACCAGCCUGUCACCAGUACAUUGAGGAAUCAGAAGGUAAUACUAUGAUUAUUGAACCGUGGAUGAACAGUCGAACCUCCACUUGGAGGUUACAGCAAUUGCAUCAAAGUCAUUAACCACUUUUUUUUGUUUACUUAAGGCUAAAAGUAGCGAUCUGGUGUUUGAAGAUAUUGACGACGACCUAGAUCAAGAACUUGGUCACUUAACCUUAGGUAUGGUAGAUCUAUACAGUCGAACCUCCAUGUGCGACCAUCUCUCGUAAGCGAUCACCUCCCAUAAACGACCGCCAAUCCAAAACAAUAAAAUUUUCCCAGAGAAAGCCUUACAGCUGGAACCUCCAGUAAACGACCACCUCGGUCCUUCUAUAAGCGACCGCGACUACUUUUUGUGCCUGACUGUCAAUGAUUUUCCAUUGGUUUUAACCUCUUGUAAGCGACCACAGUUGACGCAUUCUCUGAUCUCUAGGUUCGCUGUGUCCACUAUGCUUCUUACAAUAUACAAAGAGCUUUAGUGACAACGUGGAACUACAAAUGUCGUAAUUAUCUUUCAUAAAGUAGAUGUGUCUGGACCUCUUCUCGGAAGAGGCUCCCUGUGGUUCGAUUCUUGUAAACGACCACCUCCGGUAAGCGACCACUCAUUCUUUGCAUUUUGGGUGGUCGCUUACGGGAGGUUCGACUGUACGUGUAAAUAUGAUGGCCUGGAAGCUGUUUAAUCCGACUGUAAAUCGCGUCACCUCAGGGAACCAGCUGGAUAAACCUCGAUUUGUCAAUAGAAGUAGGGUUUAUUGACUCCAAAAUACCCUAGCUAACAUAAUUAUUGAAUGGUGUUCAGCUGCUGGUAACACCAUACGGUCAAAUCCCCCUUUAUGGACACCUUUUUGAUUCGGACGCGUUAUUAUUGCGAAUAGUUUGCUUUGUCUCUGGCCUGGGGAAAUAGAGCCGUUUCCUUUUCUCUUAAAUUCAACCCGCUCUACACGCACACCCCGUUAAAACGGACACUUUCUCGGUAUCCGUGUUAAUCGGGUUUGACUGUAAAGUAUAUUCCCAGGGAAAGAAGUUAUAGCAACACAGAAACAAAUAAAUCGUUAAGAUCUCCCGCCAAGCAAUGGGCCCGUAAACAAAAACAAACAAACAAAAAAAUAGCUCCAUAUGUGGACCUAGCGCUUGCGUUGGGGCGGGGCUUGAACUUGCAACUCCAGGGCUCUAACCAGCCUCUUACCCAGGCCAGUUCGCGCUAUCCGAGUUACCAGAGGACGCUUGAAACCGAGCGCGAUAGCGCGAGGCGUCCUCGGCGAAUUUUCCCGACAAGCUUGACAGGUGACGUCAUAUCCGAAAUCGCCGAGGACGACUGGGGACGAGGCUGGGCUCUGACCUCUUUGCCACGGUUCCUCCAAAUGUAGGACUUACGUCCUUCUGCACUUAGAGUUUAGUUAAUUGAAAGCUACUAUAACAAAAAUAUUUUAAGUUUACUCAUAUUUUAGGUCCAAAGAAAAUUACGCAAGUUGAUAUCCAAAACAAACCUAUCACUUUGGAAACAGCAAUAGUAGGUGCAAUCUUAUGGUCUUGAAAUUUACAUGUAACUAGCGAAAACUUCCAGUGAUUCUUCUGUAUGUUAUUGUAUUCUUUUUCUUCUUGUAAUAUGUUGAACUUUUCAUCGCCUAUGCGUACUAUGCGUAAUGUUUUGUCCCUCCUAAAUUAGCUUAAUAGCUAUUUGCGGGGUAUACAACCAUGUAAAACUUUAUCUUUUGUUGUCGUUUUAACAUUGUUGUUGCUGUGCACAAAAAAGGCCGUUUCAUCCUUUUUGUAAUUACAUUUUGAAGUCAAUCUUAUCAAGACAAGGACUUUGUUAUAAUGCUUUCCCCUUAGCCUAUUACAGUCUACGCCCCCCCCCCCAGUCAUUAUCGUCGCAAGCGACUGCUAAAAGACAAUAAUAAUAACAAUGAUAACAAUAUUAUAAUAAUAAUAAUAAUAAUAAUAAUAAUAAUAAUAAUAAUAAUAAUAAUAAUAAUAAUAAUAAUAAUAAUAUUUAUAGAGGGAGCCCAACUCGCCAAGGCGGUUUUCAGUGGGGCCCUCAUGCAUUAAUUUAACUAAUUAAUUAAUUAUUACGAAAAAAGUAAAAUAGGUUUGCAAGUAUUAUUAAAAAAAUAUCAAGAACGCCUGAUCACGCUGGCUCACUUGAUUUAGGCAGUACCCUGAGUAACUAGUCGCCUAUUUACUGAUGCAUUUGUUGAUCACAUUAGGGCUUGAAGAAUCUUAUAUUUGGAAAUGCCAAGUCGAGCUUUACACCAGAAUGGAGAAAUCAAAGCUUUUCAUUCUGUGACUUAUAUCGACUGGAAUACGGAAUUGUACAACUAAAGGUAAGGUCAAGUUAAUGCGAAUAUUUCGCUUCAAUCUCUAGGAAAAAGGGAAAUUGUUUGAACCAUGCAACGGUGACCAGAGGUCCAAGCUGCGACCGUUUUGGUUGCCAUGGUGAGUAAAAAACAAAAUUUUGCGAUUAAAAGUGCAGCGAAAGUCGCCAACUGGGUACACACCUGUUUUAGGCGGUAAUGCCGCUAAGCCGUUGCUUUUGCAAUAAGUAAGUUUUUAGUGAGAUAACAUUUGCGUGAAAUAGUUAUCAGUUACGCUCCUGGCGACCAUUAUAUGAUUUUAGGUUGCAAAAAGGUAACUCUGUAGCACUGAAACUCUUCAGAUUUUUAAACAAAUGAAUAAAAUAAUUAAUUCAUUAAAGGAACCCUAGAGUGAUCAGCCUCAAAGUUCUCCUUGUAGUAUCUUAGCCUUAUAAAACAGAGUGAGUAGAUUAUAAUAUUAGGGGUUAUCAUUGUUGUUGUUGUCGUUUUUUUUUUUAAGGGUGGACCCUGUGGAGUGCUGGCUGCUGUACAGGCGUUUGUCCUCAAGCAUUUGCUGUUUGGCGGAAAGAAAGGGGACUCUAAAAAGUACAUUGUGUUUCAGAUACAAGAGUAUAUGAUGUUUACUUAUUUUUUUCUCUAGGGUAUCUUUAAAUACCAGGAAAAUGUCUGUUGGUUUGAUGAUUUAGUUUAGAUUGUAAAUAAUCAUUUUCAGUUGUCGUCCCUUUUUCUUGCAAUAUUCUGUACCAUUGACGUCAUUUUAAAUGGACUGAGAGCGGAUGCCAAUGGCGCCUUUGUGUGCUGACGUCCGAGCUUACUGUGCACAAGUUAAAAUAUAUUGUAAGAGGGCACGUCUGUUGUCCUCUCAUCCACGACUCUUCAUUCAUUCAUUCAUUCGUUUUACCGGAUAUCGCAAGCGUCUUCCAAAGUUGGUCAACGCUAGCUGGUUAUGAAGAAUUUUAAGGUGUUUCGAUAUAGUUUUUGAGACGCCAUACCGAUAUUUUUCAAUCGCCUUAAAAGUGGUUUUUUCCUCGUCCCAUCGCUAUAAAAUUUUCACCUACAAUUGCCUAUGGAUUGAAAUUUGUGAAAUUAGUAGUUUUUAACUUAAAUCGAUAUUACUAUGACAACAAUAAACAAAAAACUUUGAAAUUGGUAGAAGCUGAAUUUUGUGUGAUCUAGACCAGCUACUGAAAAUCCAACACUAGGAACUUAAACCUUGGUGUCUAGCAAACGAUCUCCGUAAGAGGUAAAAAGUUCUGUAUUCGACUAAAACGAAAAUAUAUUUCAAACCUAAAUUUUCAAUAGCCGUGAUAGAUUAUUUAAUAAAAACGUUAUAAAUGAUUCAAAUUAUUCUGCAGUAGCGUCAGAAUGCUGCUUAAUAUAGUAUUUUUUUAAAAUCUCCUCUCAUAAUCUUCAGAAUGUAUAUAAUAAUGUUUGAUUCACUGCAACACCUUGAAAUUUCAAGACAAACCUAUCCUACAAAUCGGUCAAAAAUCUGCGUUACAACAGUCACUGUUUUGACGUUAUGCUAAUUUUUUCCAAAGUAAUGCGCACUAUACAUACGUCCAUGACCAGUACAUUUUAGUUUGAAUUUAUCGCAUCUUUUGAAUGUAAAACAUUGACCGGCAAUAGUCACACUGAAAUAUACUAGUCAUGAAUAUAUGUAUUGUCCGCAUUAAUUUGCUUCUCACGGAGGUUAUUUGCUAAACAUCAAACUUUUUUUCCCAGUGUUGGAUUUUCAGUAGCUGGCCUAGAUCGCGCAAAAUCAGGCGUUUAUCAGUUUCAAAGUUUUUUGUUUAUUGUUGUCAUAGUAAUAUCGAUUUUACUAAAACCCACAUUUUGACGAAUUUCAAUCUAUAGUCAAUCAUUGGUGAAAAUUUUAUAACGAUCAGACAAGGAUAAAAUCACUUUUAAAGCGAUUGAAAAUUAUCAGUAUGGCCUCUGAAAAACUAUAUCGAAACACCUUAAAACUGGGGGAUUUUAGCCAAUCAGAAACGGAGAAAUUAAAUGGCAAUAAUAAUUUUUUUUCCCAUUACCACUGUCAUUUCCAUUCCUAGUAACAACUUCUGAGAAUAACUCAGCCUUGCCCUUGUUCUUCUGCUGCUCCUGUCCGGACGUGGCGAUUAUGGAAACUAGUUUUUUCUAAUCUUUUAAUAAAUCCUAUUUCAUGUCCAUUUUAGGAAACUUCAGCCUUCUUCCCGCGAAAGAACCAAAGCUCUUACAUCAGCUAUUAGUGAAAUAUUGUGGAGGGCUGGUGACAGCAGAGGUGCAGUAGUAGCCUUGUAAGUUACUCUGGAAUUUAGUUUGUGCAUUAUUUAAAAAACGAGCAGGAGGGUUUUGCCGAGUUUGAAACACGAGGCGCUGCCCUGAGUGAUGUGUCGUUGUCGAGUGAUUGUCAUCGGGCACUCCACUCUACUCAAGGUGGCCUCAGCCGAGUCGCAUGUCUGGACUGUCAGUGCCGGUAGUCUUCUGGGUCAGCCAUAAUAGGAACUUUAAGAUCCAACUACGCGGACGGCAACGCGAAAGUAGAAAAAACAAUAGGUUUAAUGAGCAAACAACAACUUUGAACAAGCAGACGAAAUUNGAAACUAGUUUUUUCUAAUCUUUUAAUAAAUCCUAUUUCAUGUCCAUUUUAGGAAACUUCAGCCUUCUUCCCGCGAAAGAACCAAAGCUCUUACAUCAGCUAUUAGUGAAAUAUUGUGGAGGGCUGGUGACAGCAGAGGUGCAGUAGUAGCCUUGUAAGUUACUCUGGAAUUUAGUUUGUGCAUUAUUUAAAAAACGAGCAGGAGGGUUUUGCCGAGUUUGAAACACGAGGCGCUGCCCUGAGUGAUGUGUCGUUGUCGAGUGAUUGUCAUCGGGCACUCCACUCUACUCAAGGUGGCCUCAGCCGAGUCGCAUGUCUGGACUGUCAGUGCCGGUAGUCUUCUGGGUCAGCCAUAAUAGGAACUUUAAGAUCCAACUACGCGGACGGCAACGCGAAAGUAGAAAAAACAAUAGGUUUAAUGAGCAAACAACAACUUUGAACAAGCAGACGAAAUUUUAUCUCUUUCUGAACAUGGUUAUGGACCCUAGGAAUUCAACUCCAGGAGGGUUCGCCUACAUUCGACAGAGUAAGUGGGUAAUGAUUGCGAUAAAGACUGAAAGAACGCAAAUUCACUUUAAGCGACGUUCUCGUUGCCGUCGCGUCGUUGGAUCUUAAAGUCCCUAAUGGUAGCCUGCGAAGCAGCCCCGAGGUUCUUGUUCGACGCCCCAAACGGACUUAAUGAAUCAGUCAUCGGAAGGGCGUUUGGAUUUCCCUUCAGCCCGGACCAAUCACGGCGCUUACUCAAUCCUGGUACACAGCAGGUGCCCUGAAGAACGGUGACGGAAGAACGGAAGAACGGCGACGGCAACGACAAACACCAAAAGCCAAGCCUUUUGGUACGUUAUUUUACCGUUGUCCGUGUAAAAUUUGUUUUUUGCUUAAUGUGGCGAACUAUGAAGUUGAUGACCACAAGACGUAGAAUUUUUCCUCCCUUUUUUGAACGUCGAUGCGAUCAAAGUUGUUUUCGCUGUCGUCUCCGUUGUUAUUGCUUAAGCUCCUCGAAUCACAUCCAUUGAGACCAUCGUAAUAGAAAACAAAACCAAAAUAAAACAUCAAACAAAACAAAUCAAUAACAACAAACAAGACAUGGCCUUUCGUUUUCCCUUUUAUGGAGUUGUUAGUUUUGCUCUUACAACUCAAAAUUAAGUCAGUCACUUCACAUCCUGUGAUUCAUUUCUCUCGCCAGAAGAAUAACGUCGCUUGAAACAAAAAUCGCGCAACAUCUUUGCGGAUGGACCAAUCACCAAAUCAAGUAACACGACAUAUCGAAAAGACACCCGAAGUUACAUACCAUGUAGUUAAUUCUCACAAUUUAUUUCAGACCUACUGGUGGUUCUAAUGUUUUUGGUGCUGGGCGAUACAAACCGGACCAGUUACCAGAAGCGGUAAGUACUGUAAUUUCCCAUAAGAUAACCCGACGCCUGCCCCCUGACAGAACGUUUUAAAGCAAGAUGGGACAUUUCACGCCAAAAUGGGUCGAUCUUGACAAUCUUACGGGAAAAUAGGGUGCCUGCACUGUAAACAGUGUUGCACUUGUAUUGAGAAGUCACUUUCCUCUUCGUCAAGGGUAACUUCGUAAUACAUGUUUGGCUUUACUGAAAGAGAUCGGUCUCCGCAAUGGUGUUCGUAUUAAACCUCUUUAACGAAUAUUGUUCAUGGUGGAUGUGAGAUUUGCAGGUAGACUGUUGUUACUGUAAUUGAUGCCAUAAUGCAGUAAUGGUAUUUUGUUCCUACACAUUUACUCAGGGUAGAUUUUAGCUGUUCAAACCUGGGUUAAGAUGGCAAAAGGAAAGAGUGAAGUCUCAAUUCAGGUUUGAAAGCUAAGAAAAAUAGAAAAUUCAGUGAAAUUCUUUUUGUCUACACACUGAUGAUUGCAUACUCAAAAAAGAAUAGUAAAAAUGUUUCUGAGAAAACGCUUUAUUAAAAAAGAAAAAGAAACCCAGAUAAAAUUUAACCCCGAGUUUGCUCUAAUCGGCCUUCGAACACCUAGGCCCUGCAAUGAAAGCGAUUACCUCUUUGUUAUUAAAUUUGACAAGACAUGUCCAACUGAUGUACGAACGCAGUUAAGAUUUCGCCGAACGUGGGCCAAUUUUAGUUGGACUUUGUUCGAUGACCAACUAUUAUUUGUAGCCCUGCACGAUUGAUAAAAAUGGGCCUUGUUUGUUUUCUUACAUCAAGAUGAGGCUAUUUUUUCUGUUGUACUAAACUUGCAGUUUUGUAAUUGUGAGUUAAUUGCAUGUAGUGACUUUUUUCUGUAUUCCACAGCUUGUGUUAUACACCUUCAAGUCUUCUGAAAGUCUUCUUAGUUUUAUCUCGCAAAAUAUAUCGCAGGUACGUAGCAUUCUCACUGUGUUACUCUAUCCUUACCUGUUGUAUGUCUGUACAAUUAGCAAUUAUUGAAUGAGCCUGGUUAAGGUGAUUUUUAUUUCUCCUUUUAACGAGGUACCGUUGCUUACCUUUUAACCACUGUAUCUGUUUGAUAAUGUUGCUUUAAAAGGAUUAUUUUAUUCAGCGUAAAUUAUUAGUGAAACGAUUACCGAAGUCAGUUUACUUAACAGCAAAAGUGAUACUUUAUCUGCCACCAACGACAAAUCGCGAUAUUUCCAAGUGCUUGGCCUUGUCCGAUAAAUGCUUAUUGCGUGGAAACAAGGCCGAAAGAUAGCGGUCUGUAAUAUGCCCCUUCAUUCUCAAUGGCGCAAAUCAGAAGAAAACUGAAGAGGAGAAGUCGCUACGUCACGUUGCCAUGGUAGCAAAAUCUGAACAAACAGUGGUCCAUGGCACAAAGAGAACGAAAAAGUUAACGUGA